CGAGAGACGGUCGCAUUAGACUUUGUGCAAAGUUCACGAUUUGAUGAUGGCAGGGCUCGGUAAUAAACGGUAUUCGAUCAUUCAAACAUGUGUUCUUCUGAUGUUCUUAAUCGUCGUUCAAGUAACAGGACAAGUUUCCGAAGAGAACUGCAGCGAGAUAAAGUGUCCCGGUCCUCUGAGAUAUUACAAGGCGCUUGGUUGCACUCCUAUUUACGUGAAUCCCGACGACAAUUGCGCGGAAGCGUACGAUUGCAGUCACCUGGACGAUUGGUCACGGGAUAAAUGCUAUGUGAAUGGCCACGAAUACAGUGUCGGAGAGACGUUGAGACCCGAGGAUAGCAAUCCUUGCGACAGGAAUUGCACGUGCACACACUCCAACAAUGAUGCCAAUUUCGCAUGUGCGAAAAGAAAAACUUGCGAUCGUGUAGAAGAAGAAAGUUGUUUGUACAGAAGGGCCCAUGGUAUUUGUUGUGAUGAUCCAUUUUGUGAUAUAGGAAAAUCAGAUGCGAUUUGUAAUGUUGACGACAAAGUAUAUCGGGCCGGACAAUUCUUCAAUCCAAACUCUAAUCCGAAACUGAUGUGCGUCUGCUUGGAUGGAUACACAGGUGAAAAUAUCGAGCCCUUCUGUCAAGAAAUGAAGCAUGAUCCUUGCUCUCCUAUGUUCGCGGACGAUGCUGACAAAGUUCAUGACAAAUAUACACCUAUCUGGUUUACACGUGCAAAUUUUAUUUGUCCAAUACCUUUUUACAGAUAUCCGGAAUCAACCGACGCCAUUAUUCGUAAACACGACAACACUUCGUUCGUUUCUGAGAAAGAAAGCAGAAUGUGCCGGCACGGUGAUGUUAUGAUGAACAUAGGCGACGAAUUGAGCCUGGACCAACCAUCUAAUCACAUGGUUAAUCAUCCCCUCGUAACAUGCGUGUGCGAAGUGCCUCCAGUUGUGACGUGUAAGAAAGUUAAAGAGCAAGUGUUUCACUUUGUUAGUGAUCUAUCUACAUAUAAAAGACGGAAGGCGGUGGUGACGGGAGAAUACGCGUGCAGAGUUCACGAUCUGACGAUGGCUGGAUUCGAUAAUAAUUUACGUUCGAUCAUUGGAAAGUGCGUUCUUCCGAUGUUCCUAAUAAUUGUUCAAGUGACAGGACAAGAGAACUGCAAUGAAGCAAAUUGUCCUGGUCAAUUGAUUGUGAGACAUUACAAGGGAAUUGGCUGUACUCCUAUUUACGCGAAUCCUAACGACUGUUGCGCGGAAGCAUACGAUUGUAGUCACCUGGACAAUUUGUCACGGGAUAAAUGCUAUGUGAAUGGCCACGAAUACAGCGUCGGGGAGAUGCUGAAACCCGAAGACAGCAAUCCUUGCGACUGGAAUUGUACGUGUACACAGUACGAAAAUACUGCCUUUUUCCAUUGCGAGGAAUUAGGAAGUUGUUAUGGUACAGAGGAGGAAAGAUGUUCAUAUAGGAGAAUGCAUGGUCUUUGUUGCGGAUUUCCAUUUUGCCAUGAGGAAGAAGCAGAUAAUACAACUUGUAACGUUGACGGUAAAAUUUAUAAGGUUGGGGAGUACUUCUAUCCAAACGCUAAUCCAAAGUUGUUGUGUCUUUGCAUGGAGGGAUACACAGGUGAGAAUAUCGAGCCUUUCUGUCAGCAACUGAACCGUGAUCCGUGCUCUGCUCUGUUCAGCGUGGCUGCUCCCCAAGUUCAUGACCAGUGGUUACCUAUGUUUCUUACGCUACCAAAUUAUAAUUGCUAUCAACUUCUAUAUAUGAGCCCGUACUUAGAUGAUGUCGAUACCGAGGAAUUUAACAACACUCUGUCGGUUUCUGAGGAAGUUUUUACAGAUACCAAAACGUGCCUAUUUGGUAAUGAAACGAUGCGCAUAGGUGAGGAAUGGGAACCAGGACCGGUCGACAUGUGGAUGGUUGACAUGAAAUGUAAAUGCGAGGUGCCUCCAUUUAUGACGUGUCAGAGGUCAAUGGCAGUACCAGAAGAAGACUAAAGUCGAGAUAAUUUUUAAAUUUGAAUUAUCUAUCUAACUGCUUUAGUUCUUGAAUAUGUUAUUGUUAUCUGACUAAUUUUUGAAGGCUGUCGCGUUUAAAAAAUUUAUUGAUUUUAUGAUGUGAAAUAAAAUACAUUAGUAAGUUAAAAAAUU